AUGAAGAACUCUCACUGCAGCAGGUUGCUCCUGGUGUGCUCAGUUCUUGUGCUCUGCAUCGUAACCGGAGGCGCGAGGUGCGACAAGUUAAGCAGCAAUUUCUAUGACUGGACGUGCCCCGGAGUGUACAACAUCGUCCAGCAGCACGUGUUUUCUGCCAUGAGGGAAGAGCUGAGGAUGGGGGCCUCCCUUCUCAGGCUUCAUUUCCAUGACUGCUUUGUCAAUGGCUGUGAUGAUUCAAUCUUGCUGGAUGGUGCUGAUGGCGAGAAAUUUGCACUACCCAACCAGAACUCCGUCAGAGGGUACGAGGUCAUCGACGCAAUCAAGGCCGACCUCGAGAACAUGUGCCCUGGGGUGGUGUCCUGUGCUGACGUUGUAGCCCUUGCAGCUGGCUAUGGAGUACUCUUUAGUGGAGGGCCUUACUAUAAUGUUCUUCUGGGGAGAAGGGACGGUCUGAAGGCGAAUCCGUCAGGAGCUGACAACGGCCUGCCCUCGCCGUUCGAACCGAUCAGCUCCAUCGUAAAGAAGUUUGCCGAUGUCGGCCUCGACACGAAAGACGUGGUGGUUCUGUCAGGUGCCCACACGAUCGGGCGAGCCCGGUGCGUGCUGUUCAGCGACCGGCUGGCGUCCACCAAGAGCUCGGCCAACCCGACGCUGGACGCCACCAUGGCCGCUAACCUGCAGAAGCUCUGCACCGGCGGCGACGGCAACCAGACCACCGCACUGGACGUGAGCUCCGCGGGCGUGUUCGACAAGCAGUACUACCACAACCUUCUGAGCAAGAAGGGCCUCCUGACCUCCGACCAGGGCCUCUUCUCCGCGGACGAGGACGUGGUCGCCAGCACCACCAAGGCGCUGGUGCAGACGUACAGCAACGACGGCGAGCAGUUCUUCUCGGACUUUGGCGCGUCCAUGGUGAAGAUGGGGAGCAUACCGUUGCCGGGGGGAUCCGCCGGCGAGAUCCGCUGCAACUGCAGGGUUCCCAAUCCCAAAUGA